AGGGACACUUGGCCGAUUAUCUUCAUGAAUUUUCUUAUCUAUUUUUUUUUUUUUCGUUGCUGGUCUCUAAAUUGUCGUCCUCCGGCAGUGGAGUGGAUACUGUCAACUGCUGGAAUCUCUCAUUACAGGUGCAUGGACCCUGAAGCCCUGGAAGCAUCCGUGUCCCUGGAAUGUUUCUAGAGCUGGAGUGGGCGCCGUGAACUGGAACAACCUGACCUGACUCCCACUAGCAACUGAUCUGACUGACUGAUGAACUCGGUCUGGCUGAUCGUACUGGGUUUCCCUAAAAUAUGACCAAAUGCCACUUCACCUUUAUUCCAAUCUCCAAAAGACGAAUGUUUAAAUGUACAAACAAGUAGUGGCUAUUUAAGUUGCCGUAGGUGCAUAUUUAAGUAGCAUGCAUAAAGGAAAUAGAAGAAAUAGGUUGUUUUUGACUAGCACUUCCUCUAAAACACCCCAAACAUUUAGCAAAAAACCACAUCAUCUUUCAAUCGAUCUGAUGAACGCAUACAUAAAAAAUAGUUCGAACUUUAACCAGUGAUUCUGACCCAUUGGAAUUUAUUUUUGAGCAUUGCAUAGGGAGGAAAUAGAAGGAUUAGGGUGUUUUUUAAGAGAAUUGUUGGAACGAAAAUGGGAGAAGAGCAGGUGGAGGGAAGGAAGGACGAGACAUCAGUAUUAGAUCGGUGUAUUCUGGCUUGUUUUUGAUAAGAUGGGGCUGUGAGGAGCGUGGUGAGGCAGCGCAGGAUGGAGCAGCUGCUGCUGAGUGAUGCCUUGGAGUGUUCAGUGUGUCUGGAACAGCUGGGGUCCAACUCACGUGUUUUGCCAUGCCAGCACACGUUCUGCAGGCGGUGUCUGGAUGAUAUUGUUGAAACCCACAAGGAGCUGCGGUGUCCAGAAUGCCGGGUGUUGGUGGAAGCCACGGUGGACGAGCUGCCGCCCAACAUCCUGCUGAUGAGGAUCCUGGAGAGCAUGAAGAGUGCGCCCCGCCCUGCCCUGAGCCAGCCCAUCAAGCCGAGCCAGACCGUGCCUCACCCCAGCCAGCCCCCCGGCAGAUCAGACCCCCAUGACGGCCCUCCCCUCACUCAGGCACCCCCUCCCCCCACUAUCCAGUCUUUCCAAACCUCCAUUGCAUACACUGGCACUGAUUCCACACAUGGCUUCACUGGAGGAGGAGGAGGAGGAGGAGGGGGCCACAGUGGGCCGUUCGGGGGAAGUGCACUCAGCGGGACCACUUUAGGGGGGUACAGCGGCUCUCUAGGGAGGGAGGGAAGCAUUGGGCAUGGAGGCUUUAAUGCUGGCAUCACCUCCCUAGGGAACCUUAGCAUCAACCUCACCCCCUCCACCCAGAGCUCCCAGCACUCCCCGCUCCCUCUCACCACUCACAGACAGACAAGCCUUCAGCCAUGUGCAAAGGCGCUGUACAACUAUGAGAGGAAGGAAGCAGGAUCUGGUUACAGAGACCUGAGCUUCAAGAAGGGAGAUGUGGUAAUACUCCGGAAAAAGAUAGACUCAAACUGGUACGAGGGAGAACUUAACAACCAAGUGGGAUUCUUUCCUGCCUCUUAUGUUCAGGUUAUCACUCCACUGCCAAGUCAUAUUCCACAGUGUAAAGCUCUCUAUGACUUCAAGAUGACAAAUGAUGAGGAGAGAGACUGUCUGACUUUUAACAAGGGUGAGAUUCUAACAGUGUUGCGGCGAGUGGAUGAGAACUGGGCUGAAGGGAAGCUCGGCUCACGCAUUGGCAUCUUUCCACUGUCCUUCGUGGAUCUGAACAGUGCUGCCAAGGCCCUCAUGAAGCUUUCUCUCAACUCACAACAGGGCCCCUCGCGUGUUGCUCCUCCAACUCCUACUAGGUUAGAGGGGGAGCCUGCCACACCCUUAAUUCUGAGCGAGGGUCCUGGCAGCCACCCUCCCUCAACACAGCCACAACAACAUGUCCCUCUUCAGAUAGAGUCAUCAUCCUCAUCAUCAUCUGUGGUGACCAGCCCUGACCCUUCCCUGCCCUCACCCACCACCUCAGCUUCCCCACCUAACAUUGGCCCUUCCCCCUCCUCCCCUCUAGUACAAUCUUCAGCUGUAGCCCCUCUCCUGCGGGGCCCAAGCAAGAGGCACCGGCGGGAGAAGAGGCACAGCUUUACUGCUGUGCGCACCACCCAGAACCCCAGCCCCCCGCGAUCUCCUGCCUCCCCUCAAAGGCAUUCAGUGGAGAUCAUAAGCCCCACUGAGGAGAACAGCAGCCCGGGCAGCACCACCGGCCCCACUAAUGGCAAUGGCAAUGGUCUGGUGUCUCAGGGCCCGAGUAGCCUGGAGGAGACAGUGGCUGGGGGGGAAGCCACCACUCCACCUGAAUCCAUGGGCUCUCCUCGCCUGCGUUCUUCCACUCAGUCCUCAGUCCCACCUGUGUCCUCCUCCACCCCUCAAGUCAAUGCAACGACCUUUUAUGUGGCACUGUACUCUUAUCGUGGACGCAAGGCUGAUGAGCUGGAGCUGAAGAAGAGCCACAUCUACACAGUCACUGAGAAGUGUCAGGACGGCUGGUUCAAGGGCCGCUGCAUCACCACAGAUCGCACUGGUGUCUUCCCAGGAAACUAUGUCCAAGUUGCCAAGCCACAGAUGAUAUCAGCAUACCUGGCUAAGCGCAAUGCCCGAGGUUCUUCCACCAACCACAGCGAGGGCAGCAGCGGUGGCGGCGGCGGCGGCUCCCAGUCGGGGUCAUCCAGUGGGUCGUCGUCCGUGCCUCAGACGGGAGUAGUGAGCUACACACGGCCAAGACCAAGCCUGAGUGGUGGUCCAGAUGGAAGGAACUCCGAUGGGUCUCGCGGUGAGAACACAAGUCUCCUGGACACACCGGUCCACUCUAUGGUUCCCACUCUCUCUCCAACUCACUCAUCACCGCAUGCAGGGUCUCUCUCCCCAGGGGCGGCUGGAGGGCUGAUGGGAGGCAGUCCCCCGUGCCUGCCCCCAGAGCUGCCCCCAAGGUCUGUUAGCUCUGGCACAGAGACAUCCUCGGCUCACCGCACAAGUGGCCUCACCUCCUCCUCAUGGCACCCUUCCUCCCAGACACCGCAGGGCUUUGCCGUCAACCAGAGGUCUGUUAGUGGGAUUAGCAAUACUGUAUCACCUCCUCCAAACAUUGCCCUGGGUGAGAACAGCUCAGUCGCCACUAGCAGCACAACGCCAGCCAAGGUGGAAAGGGUACGUCGAGGACUUGAGAAAAGCACAAAGGAAAGAGGUGGCAGUGGUGGAAGUGGUAUGAGUCUGAUGCGCAAGUUAGCAAGCAGUGGCAAGAAGAAAAGCAAGUCUCCUCCUCCGUCUUACUCCAUGGACAACCCUGUGUUUGAGGAUUCCACUGUGUCCUCCAAUGUCUUGCAGCACGUCCAUACAAGGUCAGGGUCUUGUCCGGGCACUCUGGUAGGUGGGGGUGCUGGAGGUGUCUUGGUGACAGGCAUAGGCUUUGGUCCAAACUCUCGCCUUCGUGCUGCGGGUGGGUCCUGCCGUGUUAGGUCCCGAGACAGGCCUAAUGUCUUCUUGUCCAACCUGAUGUUGCGGGGAAGAAGUGGAAGUAACCCAGACACGACUGGUGUUGGAGUGUCGUCCUCCCCACUGUCCUCCUCCCCUCCGCCAGGCACGCAGGGCAACACAGACUCAGCCACAGACACACCGCGCCGCAAGAAGCAGCCAGCGCCACUCGUCCGGGAGAGGUUCCGGUGCAUCGUGCCAUACCCGCCCAACAGUGAAUAUGAGCUGGAGCUGCAGCUUGGGGACAUUAUUUACGUUCACAAGAAGCGGGAUGACGGAUGGUACAAAGGGACUCUCCAGCGCACCGGCAAAACUGGGCUCUUCCCUGCCAGUUUUGUUGAUUCCUGUUAACCUGCAGUGGUGGUGAGACUGACUAAUGCUCACAUGUCAUGAGCAAGACUUAAGUGGUCCUUAUGCUGUAAUGGAGAAUGUUCCUUACAACCUGUGACUGCCUUAUCAUUCUGAAUUUUGACAUAGGACCAGUUCUCUAAUGUCUAAGUAGAAAAGUUUUCUUGCUCUGAUUUCAUGCAGACUGCACAAAAUGACGUGUGAGACAAGUUUGUGGCUGACGUGCACACCACCCAAGGCACCGUGAGGACGGCAGUUGUGGCCAGGGGCAGAUGACAGGCUGGAGUCACUUUGCAGCCCAGUGCAGACUAAUGCUAGAUCUUAAAUACUUUCUCUUCAGAAGGACAAACAAAAUAAUCUACAUUUACUUGAUAUAAAUAUGAAAGGUUCAUGGAUCCUUUCAUUCUGACUACUGGAAGCUUCUGUAUACAUGACCAGUUUGCUAGAAGUAACUACUUAACAUUAGAAUACAUAGUAAGUGGAGCCACUGAAGACUCUUCACAAAUUACCUGUUGUUUAUUUACAGUACUCUGAAAUGGUGCUUGGAAUACCAGCUACCUUCUAAGGGUGUAGAGUUACUUGGUGAUGGUGGGAGGCUGGCGGUGUCCUCUGGUGAGCCUGUGGUGCCACUGGAGUGUGUGGAGGUGGUGGAGGAGCUGGUGCCUGGGCCAGCAGGGGACAGGGGGAGGGACAGGGGUGCUUCAUGUGUCAGGUAAACUUGUUGACAAAUUGCUUAAUGUAGUUUAUUUAUAUGUAUAUUUGAAUACAGACUAACUGCAUUGUUCAUUGCUGAAGUUUUAUAUAUAGGUAUGUAUUGUAAAGUUAUCUUGUAAACUCAAGAAUUGUAUACUGAAUUAUAUAGGCUUAUUUUCUCUUGCCACUCAUGCUUUAUUUAUUCUCACAUUAUUUGAUCCCUUCCUAGAAUUCCCAUGCUGUUUGCUAUUCUUUGUAAUUUACUAUUUUCUUCAGAUUUUCCUUUGCUUACUUUUUAAGGUUCAGUAUUCUAUUUUACAUAGUAAAUGAUACUAUUUUCCAAAAAUCUACACUAGCCAUGUUUUUAUAUUUUCAUAUGAAGAAAAUCAUCCUUGACAUACAUAUUAAGCAUAAAUAUUUAUAUUUGAGAUAUGUGAAAUGACAAGUAUUAUUCAUCAGUGUAUAUUGGAUAUGUAUAAUCAUAAAGAGUAGAGUAUUUUUAAGGUCCUGAACAAGUAUAAACAAUCCCUUUAUGAGAGCUCCAUAGCUGGAUGCAUGUCGAGUCAUAUCAGAUGUUUUAAAUCCUGUUGCUUCAUUUUAUAUGAAAAAUGAACUUAAAAUAAUCAUAAAAUAAUGUUAAGAAUGGGAAUGAGAAAUCCACUUUUGGAAGAAAAAGUUAUCAGUACUUGUGGCUCUCUCUCUUUCAGUAAGAAAGCAUUUGAUAAUUUGCUGAAUUAAUUGGUAAUAAACUUUUGAGCUUGGAAGCCAAGUGCACUUCAACACUUCAACAAAGGAAUAACAUGUAAUUGGAGGUGAGCAGCUUCAUGUAUUUAGAAUAAUAGGUGUUGUGCGUAUGUGUUAUUGUAAAGCAAACAGCUUGAUGGACUUACCUUCCCUUUCUUGCAUCUGUUUAUUACCACAAAUGUCAGGGCGAGGUGAUGGAGGACACUCAUGACUCUUUUACAAGUUGCUGUUCAUAGCAUCUCAUAUCUCUCCACCUACCACCACUCUUUUCUUCUGGUACACAUGCACCGUAUUCUGCAGAGUACAUGCAACCUUAGAGAAUAUUAGAAUAGUGUGUCCUGUGAGACUAGAUCACAUUGGUCUUGUGUAAGAAAAACAAAGAGAAUCUGUGAUGACUCAUUACCCAUUCCAGUCUUGCUUAAGUUGGACAUGAGAGAUCAACAGCAAGUAUCUUUUAGCAACACAUGACCAGUUCUACAUGAAUAAUGUGUAUAAUGUGAUGACACAAGAAUUUAAUUUGAUAUAUAGCUCAGAUUACACUUCAGGUGAUAUUAGAUGCCAAAUUUAGGGCUCCUAAUGUAAUAUAUGAAUGCUUGUGUGUUCAGUCCUCAGCUUGUAAAGUGCUUAGAGGUUCCAGAGCUUAGCAGGAUGCUGUGGUCACUGCUCUGAGUGAAGAGGUUUUGUAUCCAGAAGUUAAUAGUCAUUGUUUUGUCUUGUUUUCUUACCAGCAAUAUGUAUGAAUCAUUAUCAAUUGUGAAUUACUCUUUGUAUUGGGAUCACAUUCUGAAGUGUUUCCCACUUGUUCAUUACAAAUUAGAGAUUUAGUUGUGAGAUAUAAGGUAAUUUUUUUUUUUUUUGUCUCAGUUUCUCACCAGCAUUGUGUAUGAUCAGUUAUGUCAUUGCAGAUUAGACAUACUUUGAAAUUGAAGUUACAGUAUGAAGUUGUGAAGUGAAGAGUGGUUUUUAGUCUUAUUUUUCUAACUACCAUCACAAAAAAAAAACUACUAUAUGACCACUAUUAUGUUACUCUACAUAUGAAGGUCACAUUUUUAAUGACCUCCAUUUUUCAUCACAAGGUAUAGAUAGUUGUGAGUUAUAUUUAAUGGUAUUCAUAGUUGUCCUGCUGACCAAUUAAUAUUAUCACACUGAGUAACUUGUACAGUCAAGGGCCUUCAUCCUGCAUGCCUACAUACCAGUCACUCUAUUGACAUGUCAGCAUUCUCACCACAGCAUUUGUUAGAAAGUCAAUUAGACCAAGUAGUGUUUUCAAGUGUAGAUCCUCAACACUGUAGAUUAGUGAAAAAAGUGCCUCAUGUUAUUGAUUUUUCUGUUCAUAAGUUAUUAACACCUUUAUGAAAGGCCAGUAGAUGGGUAUUGCUGCAAGUUAAAUAAAAAUAAACAAUUUUAGCAAUGCAGUGCAAGACUAGAAACAAAUUGCAUGGCACAGAUAUUUACUCACUAGCAGGGGCUGCUGUUCCUGUAAGAGAAGCACAUGUGACAGACAACCAUGAGAAAACACACAAACAACAGCUUUCAUUUGCCCUAAGAGAUGACAUGUUUUAUAUGCAUACACAAGAUACAUUGACUUUAUUUUUCCAGAUUUUGUAUCAUGCCCUUUUUAGAUUUUUUUUUAGUAGGUACUGACUAAAGAUGAAAACCGAGAAUGUUGCACUCUUCUUUUACAGGAUUCAACUUGGACAUUAAAAAGUUGGAACUAAAAGAGAUUACAUUAAAAUUGUCAGAGCAAACUGUAGACAAGCAUGUAAGGAGAGGUCAUAUGGCUCUACAAGACUGUACAGCAACUACUGGCUGUCACUCACUUGGAGAAUGUGCUGGUAGAAUUUUUUAGGUCUUGAGUGAAUGGGUGUGUUGGGUAUGUGACUCAGUGUGUAUAUAUAGCAUGUAGGAGGAUUAUGUGUAAGAAAAUACAAAAAAUUUAUUAGUGAGAAGUUUUAACAUUGUGAAUUAGAGUCGUGGAAAUUUGUAUAGUUUUAAAACAGUGUGAUGAGCAGCAGUGACUUGAUGUUUGGUGCCAGUAUGAGGGUAAAAAAAAAAAAAAGUAAUUUUAAGGCCCACUAAGUUAUUUUUGGAACCUUUGUAUAGCAACAUUUUAGGUAUGUGUUUGGUGCGAGUUUCCAAGUAUUAGUGUGUGUUCAAGAUGCAUUACUAGCACACCAUGAGGCCUAGACUUCUGAAAUGCUUCUUAUCUAAAUCAAGAUAUAUAUAUAUAUAUAUAUAUAUAUAUAUAUAUAUAUAUAUAUAUAUAUAUAUAUAUAUAUAUAUAUAUAUAUAAUGAUAUUUUCUAAUUGAGUUUUGCUUUUAAUUUGGAAGUCAUUCACAGAUUUGGAUUUAUUUUCCAUCUUGGCUGUUUUAUAAUUUUCUUUUCUUUCUUUUCUCUUUUGUUAAGAUUGUGUUAUACACUUUGUUUUUUACAUUAAGUUACAUAUGAACUAAAAGGUUCUUAUUAAUCUCAGUUACAGUAUUUAUAAUUUAUUUUAAGGUUUAGUCAAACUACUAAUAAGUUUAAAGUACAUACUUCUUAUCUCAUAGUUUUGUAACUUUCUUUUAUUUAUUUAUUUUUUUUUAUAUAAAAUAAUCAACUUUUUUUCUGUAGUUUUGUAUCUGACUUUUUCUUUUUUAUUUGUUUUGCAUGUGCAGAUCCUUUGUUACAUGUGUGGCGUGUUGCCAAAUAGGAACUGAGAGUGCUUAGCUCUAGAUUGGUUCUCACCGCUGAGUCAGAGGUUGUAGUUACAGUGGAAGCUCAGUAUUUCACAUUUUUUCCCUUCAUUCCAGUUGUAACCAUGCAGUCAUGAUCAGUAGUAAGGUAUUGUAACCUGCUGCACUUGCUGGCACUGGGUUUUAUAUUCUCCUUCAGUCGUAAGUCUGGAGAUGUGCUGACUAUGUAUCUGUUGUUUAUUUUUUUUAAAAGGCUGGUAGUAGACUAGAAGACUUAGAUUAAGGGAAGAUGCUAAACAGUGGAAGUGAGUGACAGGUUACUUACUCAUGAAUUUUUACUUUGUGUUCAAAAAUAGAUAUGUACUUGAAAAUGUAAUAUUGUACUACAUGAUUCAAUUGAAACAAGAUGUAAAGUAUAUAGAUGUUUAGGAAUACACUCUAGAAACCAGGGAAAGAUAUAAACCAUCCAAAAAUAGAUGCUCAAGAAUGUGAUAUACUGUCAAAAAAAAAAAAAAAAAAAAUGAAGAAAUGAGAAAGUUGAUGCUCAGGAACAUGAUACUGUUUACAAAUGAAAAGCCAUUACUGAAAAGUUGAUGCUUAAGAUUGUGAUACUGAAUGAGAAAACAAGUAUAAAAGAUGGAAAGAAGUAUGUCAGUAUGUAGGAAACAAGAGGCAUGAGAAUUUAAUGCUGCUAAAGGAAAAGUGGAAAUACAUAGAUCAUGAACUACUUAGAAAUAUGAUGUAAUCUAAAAAAAUGUAAAGUUACUUAGGAAAUAAAUACUUAAGAAUAUGAUAGUUUGUACUGCUGAGAAAAUGUAUGUAAAACAAAAUGAUUUUUUAGUAUUCAAUAACUAUGACAAAUUUCAUUCAGUCACAAAUUACUUGAAAUUGUGUAAAUGCAUUUAUGUUUAUGUACUUAGACAUGUGGAUCUCAUUGAUUCCAUUGUGUUGGCUUAAAACAAGUGGAUGCUCAUUCACUAAGUUUUAAUCUUGUGUCUUUUAUUUGUUAAUAAUGCACCAAUGAUUACAAGUCUAACGAAGUUUGGGAUGACUUGUGCUGCUCUGUAAUCAACGGUGUCAAUCAGUAGCACAAUAUCUAUCUUUGCAAUACAACUGGUACUUGGCUGAAGACCGAGGCCAAUGUGCUAACCAACUUUUUUUUUUUUAUUUAAUUAAUAGAUUUUUUUUUUCUUUAGAUUAUUCAUUUAUUUAGUUAUCUUUUGUUUGAGCAUAUAGCUAGCCUGUCACUUGUAUGAGUACAAAACUUGUAUAUUUUUUGUCACUCAGUCAUACAUAUGUUGAUGAUUAACACUAUUUGUCUGUUUUACUGCGCUUUUAAUUGACAAAAUUGAAUUUGGAAUUCUUCGCAUUUUUUAAACAGUCUCCAUCUGAUUGGUAUUUGCUUCUGGCAGUAAUUUUGAAAUGAAUUAUGGUUAUAAACCAAGUAUACCAAGUUAAGUCACAGUGUACAAGAUGAAAGUAUUUUCCUUAGAAUAAAAUAAAAUGUUAGUCAGGAUCAGCAACAGGUUUGAAAUGGUUCAGUUGACUCAUAUUUGGGUAGGUUUUUAAAUUCUCUUUAUAAGUGUGACUUCUGCAUUUGUGUAUCAGAACAAUGGACAAAAUUGUUUUGUAGCUUUGAAAGUUUAUAAUUUUUAUGUUCAUGAAUUGCAAUGUACAUGAAAUUCCUUACUUUUCUUUUCUAAUGUAGAAGAAAUGAUUAAGUAGACAGAGACAAGGAAAUCAGCUUCACCAUCAGUCCCAAAGAACACUCAGAGAAAACUAGGAUCCAAGAUACUGAAUAGAAAUAGCUGCUGGCACACCACUUCUGCUUCAUGCAUACUCCUGUACAAGCCUGCCAAUACUCAGUCUAGGGCCAUGCUUGCUGUGUGGCUGUAGUGUUUGUUGCUCACUGACUUCAACUGAAAACUGAGCUCCUGCUGUUAGAUUUCAGCGUGUGUUUAUAAGAGAGAGAGAGUGUGUGUGUGUGUGUGUGUGUGCGUGCGUGCGUGUGUGCGUGCGUGCGUGUGUGUGUGCGUGCGUGCGUGCGUGUUUGUGAUUAUGGUAAGAAAAUGGAACAAGUUCUGAUGCACAAGGCAAUCCCCGUUUUAUCAAUAGUUGAACCAGAAUUAAUUAAUCUCCUUCAUCAGAUGAAAAUCCAUAAAGUUCAUAUGUACGUGCGUAUGUAGGUAUUGCCAAAUCCGAAGCGCUUUUAAAAAGAAUCUAGUUAAGUUAUUGUAAGUCAAAGUUAAAUCUCAGUAAGUGUUAGUUUAAGAAUACCAAUUGAAAUUAGCAUGCAAUCUUAGUUUUGUCUUUUUAAAAUUGAUGUAACACUGAUGCAAUAAUUUUGAGGAUUGUUAUCACUUAGAAAAAAAAUAAAGUUAAGCAAAAGUAUGUAUAUGCUAAUUCUUGCAUAAUUUUGUUGGUAAUGUGUGCAAUUUUUAGCCAAGGCUUUUUGUGAUAUUGGAAAUAGGUCUUGAAGCAUAACUCCUGCCUGGUGUUCUGUGUGAGGGAUGCUAGACAUUGUUUAAUUUUUUUUUUGUCAUGUGUAUAGUGUUGUUCUAUGAUAAAUUAUAUGAUAUUCCUAUAUUAUUUUGUUUCUCCAGUGUUGUACAUAUCUCAGGCUGCCAGAUACAACUACAUAGAUACCUCUGAGAAGACUGCAUGUCCUGACGUCUUGAGUUUAGCUAAGGUCCCCAGUGAAGAUGUAUGUGGUACUUUUAUUAGUAAAAUGAAAUAAUUUGG